AUGCCUUUAUCUCCAUUACCUGAAGAGAAUUUUAAUAAUAUACUCUCCUUUCUUAAUAGAAGUACUUUACAUAAAUGUCUAUUUGUAAAUAGAUAUUUUUGUAAACUUUCUAUUCCUAUAAUUUGGAGAAAUCCUUUUGGAAAUUCAUGUACUAAUGGGUUGUUAAUAAAUACUUUACUAAAGUGUCUUAAUGAAGAUGAAAUUUCUUCAUUAAUCCCUUACGGAAUAAAUAUUAAUCAUCAGACUCCUCUAUUUGAAUAUGAAACAUUUGUAAGAAAAUUUGAUCAUUGUUAUUGUGUAAUAAGAAUACUAAGUUGGCUUCCUCCUAUGGUUGAUCAAUACUUUAUAAUUCAAAAGUUGAUUGAUGUUAUAUAUCAUAUGCUUAUGAGAGCAAGAUCAAACAUGAAAGAAUUUGUCAUUUUCCUGGAUCAUGAAAGCUAUAACCUACCAGAUAUUUCCAAUGUUACGACUUAUAGUUCAGGAAUUGCAAAUCUAAAAUAUUUAGAAGUGGAAAUAAUGUAUGAUAUAAGAUGGCAGAAUACUAUUAAAUUUUUAAGCAUAUUGUCUAAAGUCUGUAAUGGAAUUGUUAAGUUUAAAUUAUGGAUACUCCAAACAAAUAAAGAAAUUAUUACACCAAUUUUAGAUAUUAUCAAAUCACAACCUAUUAAUAAUAUGUCUACAUAG